GCAGAAGAGGAGAGGAUGAUGCAUCUCGUAAUCAUUCUGCUCACAUUGUCUGGAGUUUUAACACAGAGCAGUAACUGGACGGUGUUUUAUCCUGAAUCGUUGUGUGCUGUGAGAGGGUUCAGUGCCACCAUUCCCUGUAAUUAUUCUUACCCACCGAAUCUUCAGGUGGUAGAAAUGACCUGGUCAUCAGAGAGACCAAAUCAAAUCUGUCACAGCGUAUCACCUGUUUAUAACAGCAAAUCAAACGUCACUUCAGACUUUGUGUACGGCGGAGACGACAAAUCAAACUGCACUUUGGUAAUCCAGAAUGUAAAGUUCAACUAUUCAAAACAAUACUGUUUUACGUUUAUAACCAAUCUGACUACUGGCAAAUGGACAGGUCGAUUUGGGGUGACUCUUCAAGUGGCAGAUUUAAAGGUGGAACUAAUCAGGCUCAGUGGAAACGGGACCCUUAAACCAGGGGACUCUUUAAAUCUGACAUGUCACGUGAACUGCACCAACAGUUCCUCACAGAUUGUUUGGUCCAAGAACAACCAGCACUUGGACAGAUCAGGACCCGUUCUUCACUUUCCCGCUCUAACCGUGGGGGAUUCUGGGAAUUAUACCUGCACUUGGAGGACCAACAUGGCCUGGGGAUCUAAAACUAUCGGUCUUCUGGUGGAGGGAGGGCCCAUCAGCUCAGGUGAGAAUUCCAAUCGUUGGGUGUUCUGGAUCAGUACUUUGCUGAUUGUUGGAGUUUUAAUCAUACUAGUCAUGGUAGCUGUUUAUUACAAAAAAAGGAGGAAGGUAGAAGCUCCAGAAGAAAACAAUGGACAAAGAGAAGUAAAAACACAGGUUGGAGGAAACUUGCACAUGUCGCAGCUAAACCAAGAUCCCCGACCUUCUAAUGCAGGCAUGUACGAGCCAGAGGUGACAUAUUCAACCCUGAGCAUAAAAAACACAAGACCAACUGCAACCGAAAAGACAGUUCGGUCUGAUCUGCAGGAAGAUGCUUCGGUCAUCUACAGUGAUGUGAAAUUACACUGAUCACACUUUUAAUUUGCACUACAAGAUCAAAUCAAGACUCAAGACUGAAUCUGAAUCAUGGAAGUCACCACUCAGGUGCCACAAUGUGACUGUAAAGUUAUUCAUUAUAUUUAUGACUUUAUUCAGUUUGGGACACCACUUAAUAACCACCAGAUUAAUUGGUGCAGGUUAGAAAUGAAACUUAGACCAGUUUAUUUUGAUAACAUCUAUCAGAACACUUUCUUUAUUGUG